UAUGUCGGAGUUAGCCGGAUCAGCUCAGCCACACCAACCUUGCAUCAAUCUUGGAACAGCCCUACGGCACCAGUGCCGACACGAACCGGUACUCCUGGACGAAGCGCAAUCCUGCGUCUCAUUUUGUGAAGGAAACAUGUCUGUCAUUGUACGGCGUGUCGAUUGAAAAACAGAGUGCCAAUGGUUGCCUCCAUCCACGAUGCCGCUCCUCAACCGCAGGAGUAUGCUGAACUUGCUGACCGUGGCCGACAACGAAGACCUACCGCGGCCUAAUAGCACCUCUGGUCUUGAUGUUGCCCAGCCUAGUGCUCCCCGGCCAGUCAGUAGCUAUGGCUAUCCUACCUCUCGAUCCUCGCACGACUUACGUGGGGAGACUGUGCCGGACCCUACAAAGCCGGACAGCGACCGGACGAGACGUUUCUCCUUGCUGAAGUUUCGUAACUACAGUGAAUCUCACCUCGCGGCGAGGGCGAGGCUGGAUGCUGCAAGGCAGGGAAGACCACCUCUGCCGUCGGCAAGUCCGUUGGCCGAGGACGCCACGCCUGCCAUUGUUCGAACGGCACCUACCCUUGAGCCCGCGGAGCCUGAGGAAAGUACGAUUGAUGCUGGAACAGAAAGGAAGUUUCGGCCUUCGUUGUUCCGGCGAUCAUUGUCAAAGAGCAAGAUAUCGGACGUACGGGAGCAAAGAAAGUCUGCGGAGCAUCACCGAGGGGAGAGGACUAAAAGCUCAUCCAUGAAGUGGCGUAAGGCACAACGUCAGAGUACGGGAGUCGAGGAUCUUGCGCGGCUGUCAAACACGAACAGCAAGGCUGGCUCGGACUCUGCUCCUCCUUCGUAUGGUGACGAGUCCAACUCUGCGCUUGCUCUGCCAGUCUCCGAUCCCAGGAUCUCGGAAUCGGAUGGGAGCAACGCCAGCUCCGGCGAUCAGAUCUACGGCCAGACAACGACGACUACACAUACAGUAUCCACGCAUACCACGUUCUUCAAGUUACCGCGUCGUAGCAAGAACCGCAACUCGCUAUUUCCACUGCCUGCGAAGCUACCGCUGCCUGAGGAGCAACAUCUGACCAUAGACACUCCCGCCACGCCACGUGCGUCUACCAGUGCAUAUUCGACACGAUCUUUGCGUGCGCCCGGAGAGCGCCGGUCACCCGGGGGUUUGCUGCAGCGGAGACAUACAGAGAACAGUCCAACCAAACAAAGAGCACCGCCUCCUCCGCUGCCGUCGCCUCAUGCAGCCUUAGCAAAGAGUGGCGUCUCUUUUGGUGAGCCUGGCAUGACUUUGGGACGCAAUGAAUCUUUACGCUCGCGAGAUUCCUCCAACUCUUCGCCACUUCGGCCACCGCAAAGGCUCGGUGUUCGGGAUAGAGCAUCGACUACCAGCUCCUUUGGACGCGGAUCGCAGGACAUUGACAUGCCGCCACCGCUCACUAGCAGCACGCGUAAUUCCACUUCGACCACCGGGCGAUCAAGCUUAGGAGGCUUCUUGACCUUGUCACGCUUCCGCCAAGGCUCCAACCCAGAGUCUCCGCGCCACAGCUCGCCUGGUACGAGAAGCAAAUCGAAUUCAUUCGCCAUCAGCCGUGAAGCACUCGUUAUUCCUGAGCGCGAAGAAGGUGACACGCCCAGCAAGUAUCUGGAACGGCUUGAAGCGGCUGUGGCGCGUAGCAUGAUUGCUGGCAUCCUCUCAAAGUCAGCAGACCCGUUCGCACAAGCCGUGCUUAGGAGCUACACGCGACGAUUCCCAUUCUUUGGCGAGCCCAUCGACAUGUCUCUGCGAAAGUUCUUAUUGGAAGCAGAGUUGCCGAAAGAGACACAGCAAGUCGACAGAGUGAUACAGGCGUUCGCUGAUCGCUACCACGAAUGCAAUCCGGGCAUCUUCAAGUCGCCUGACCAAGCAUACGUGCUUGCUUUCUCGCUCAUGAUGCUGCACACUGAUGCAUUCAAUAAGAACAACAAGCGCAAGAUGCAGAAGCAGGACUACAUCAAGAACACAUCCGGCCAAAAUGUCGCGGAUGAGGUUCUUGCGUGCUUCUACGACAACAUCUGCUACACUCCGUUCGUGCACUACGAGGAGGAAGUGGACAUCAACGGCGAGAGAGUAAUGCCUUUCAAGCCGAAGAAGAGCAAGCUCAAGGGAGCCAUCAUUGAGACCGCAGGUAAGAAGCCAACCGGCCCAGUCGAUCCUUACAAUCUGCUCGUUGAGCAAAAGCUUGACCAUCUUCGGCCACCCGUAAAAGACUGCAUUACGUUCGAAGAUCCGUAUAAUUACCGGGCCACUCAGGCCGAACUCAACCCAGAGUAUCUGCAGCGUGCCUUCACACACACCGGCAUCUUGCAAAUCAUCUCUGCGCGGUCACGACCUACUGCAUACGAAGGUCAGCUUUCCAACAACGCCGCUUCCUCUGCCGAGCCACAAGCAGGUAUCAUCGACCUCAAGAUUACCAAAGUUGGCACGUUGUGGCGUAAGGCCACGAAGAAAAAGAAAACUCGAUCGCCGUGGCAGGAGUGGGGCGCCAUCUUGACAGGCUCACAGCUCUACUUGUUCCGCAACGCGCACUGGGCAAAGGGGCUACUGGCCCAGUUUAGCGCGCAGCAGAGAUACGGGCAGCCGCGGAUACCGGUCAUCUUCAAGCCGCCUUUGACGGACUUCAAGCCUGACGCGCUAAUCAAGACCGACAAUGCUGUGGCGCUGACUGACACCACCUAUACCAGACACAAGCAUGCAUUCACCUUCUUCAGAGCCGGUGGACAGGAGGAGGUGUUGCUCGCUGAGAGUGAAAGCGAGCUGCAGGACUGGAUUGCGCUGAUCAAUUAUGCUGCAGCAUUCAGAGCGGCUGGCGUGCGCAUCCGAGGCAUGGUAGGCGGCAACGAGGAGGAUCUGCGGAGACGUGAUGUCCAGAGGCUGAAUUCGUCUCAGUCGACGAGAUCUCUGCAGACUGCGGGUGGCGAUAUUGCCGCGGCUAGGGGUGGUUUCAGCCCGCAAUUACAACGCCAAGUCAUGGCCGCCAGACGACAAAUCAUGGUGCAGAAGAUCGCCGAGACAGAGAAAGAGAUUGUGGAAGCUCACAAGCGGCUCGAUGACAUGAUCCGAGAUGCUCGUCACUUGCUUGUUUUAGCACCAAUUGCUCAGAAGUCGAGAGAAGAUGUGCUUCAUGCUGCAGCUCGGUCAGAUGCCAUGAUCAAAUGGCUAAGGCGCGAGAUCUGGCGGAUGACGUGCCACCGGGACAUCUUGACCAUGGAUGUGCAGCAAGAUGGUGUAUCUGCGGCGGAGUUACAUGCUCUAACCCACCAGCAAAGUGCCGUGUCGGAGUCGGCAAGGAAGAAUCGACAAGCCGCACUGGUUCGUAUGGAGUCGAAGGCAAUUACAGAGGCCGCCCAGAGCCCGCCUUUGAGCCCGACGUCACCUGCAAGGAGCAGCCGGAAGAGCACCCGACAAUCGACUGGCGGCUCGAUGGACACAUUUGCCAAUAACGAUGUCUUCAUCACACCGCCCGAAUCUGCCACGGAGCAGAAGGCAGCCGACCCGUACCGUUUACCGCCAUUGCAGCUCGACAUGCAAGCCCGCAAUGAGCAUCGCGCUUCUGUGACCAGCACACUACUCAGCGUCUCUUCACCAGCUAACCGCAGCUUAUCCCAGGCAUCAUCGGUGUCCAGCGUCAGUCGGCUCGACCGAUACGAAUCUGAGCGCCGAUCGGAGACCUCAGCGCAGAAAGCUGGAUUCACGCCGAUCGCAACACCCAGCAUCGAGGAGCGUGAGGUGGAGAUGCUCGCGAGGAGCAGCAUUACGCCAGAUACUGCCGUGCCGAGUGCACCGGCAGCUCUCAACCUUGACGGCACACCUCCGUCCGCCACUUCAGAGCAUAAGCACAAGGGUGUCCGUCGGAGCCUGCAAAAGACGCUCCGAGACCCUCAUCAUCCUGCCAGCACGCACAAGCACCACCGUCGCGGUAAGGACAGUGACGGUACAGUGCGCUCUGCCAGCGGCGAGCUAGAAGAGGUGCAAGAGGGCACGCCUGGCUUGCAGCGUGAGAAGGGCCGCUUUAUCCUCCACGGCAAACAAGCUUCUGUCAUCCAAUUCGGCGACGAGUGGCCAAACGAGCGUAUGCGGUUGCGGAGGGAGCAGUGGCGUCAGAAUAGCGGAUCACCGAAGGAAGAGCUCACGCCACGUCAAGCUAAUACUGCGGUCACGACACCUACUACUGACACCCCGUCGACUGCGAGAGAGGGGCUUGAUUUUGGCGAGGAUGUGAGCGAUGACGGUACCAGUAGCCUGUCUACGGCGCCCUCCUACACCUUUAGGGAAGAUGCGGAGGCGGCUGAGGCUUAUGCUACCUCCGCCAGUCCGGAACAACUUUCGUCGACCGACUCGCUUGCUGAACCCAUCACACCAUUCGAUCUUGCGAAGUUCGAGUCGGUGGUGGGAAAUCGACAGACGAUCAUUGGGCCUCGUUCAGGCGCUUCGUCGAGUCUGAUAAAGGGUGAGGAUGGGAUGGUGGAAUCGGAUGUCGAUGACUACUCGCUUGGAUCUAAGGACAAUAGGCGCACCGUCAUUGGACCUCCUCCUCCUCCGCUUGCAAGGGCACAGACUAGCGUGCGAGCACCCGCAGCGGAAGAACUGUCUGCAGAGAGCGGCGCGAAGGUGGAGGAGAAUACUGAGGACGACUCGAUGAUAUCGGCACCUGUUGGCGACGACCAGUUGCGGCGACGUAGCUACCAAGCACCGGCUGUCCAUGCUUAGGAACUGUGUGUGAUAGUGUGUGAGAAUAUCUUGGAGGACAGGUCAUGUUGUAGCCUUAAAUAUUUGCAGGCAUACCCGUCACUUCCUUAUUAUCGUUUCGCUUCGCAAAGCACCCCGACGACCCAAUUACAGCAGGGCACAACGUACGAGGCAGUUUCAGCAGCCGAGGCGAAUCGCUCGUGCACAGCGCCUCGGCCGCUGGGAAGGACCCUGGAGUGUUGGCGCCGCUUGAGGCGUAAGCUUGUGUGAUGCAUGGACCAUACUCUAGCAACAGUAUGAACUCCACGGGAAGGAGAUGUAAAGUAGUACUCGUGUGUAGAAGCAACAUUAAUAGUACUGAGCGUUGAAC